AUGUCGCCGUCGCCGCCUCGCCGGCCGCAGCGCCGCUCGGCGUCGACGCGCCCGGCGUCGUACGACGAGUCCCUCCUCGACGCCGAGCUGCAGGCGUUACUCGGCGACGCCGCCUCGCGCCGCGUGCGGCGGCUGCGCCGUCUGUCGGCGGAGGAGCGGCAGCGGGAGACGGAGACGGAGGCGCUCAUCGCGCUGUCCCUGGGGUUCCCCAUCGACGAGCUGCUCCAGGAGGAGCGGCCGCUCCUCCCGGCCCACAUCGCCGACGCGCCCAACGACUACAUCGUCGUCCGCAACCACAUCCUCGCGUCCUGGCGCGCCGACCCGGGCGCGCCGCUGCCGCUCGCGCGCGUCCUCGAGACCGUCGCCGCCUCCUACGACCGCCUCGUCGCCGCCGCACACGGGUACCUCGCCCGCGAGGGCCACAUCAACUUCGGCGUCUCCGCCGCCUUCCCCGCCGCGCCGCCCCCGGACGCCGCCACCCAGGGCGCCGCGGCCGUCCUCGUCGUCGGCGCGGGGCUCGCCGGUCUCGCCGCCGCGCGCCAGCUCCUCCGCUUCGGUCUCCGGGUGCUCGUCCUCGAGGGCCGCGCGCGCCCCGGCGGCCGCGUCUACACGGCCCGGCUAGGUGAGGACAACGCCGCUGUCGAGCUCGGCGGCAGCGUUAUCACCGGUAUCCACGCCAACCCGCUCGGCGUGCUCGCGCGGCAGCUUGGUCUUCCGCUGCAUAAGGUGAGGGACCUCUGCCCGCUCUACUAUCCCGAUGGCCGGACCGUGGAGACUAGGCUGGAUAGGAGUAUCGAUCUGGUGUUCAACACGCUUCUCGAUCACGCCACCAGACUCCGGGAGUGUCUUAAUGAGGCUGCAGAGAGAAUCUCGCUGGGAGAAGCUAUAGAAAAGCUCAGGAGGCUCUACCAUGUGGCCAGGACCGAUGACGAGAGGAUGGUUUUGGAUUGGCAUUUUGCAAAUCUGGAAUUCUCCAAUGCCGGUUGCCUAUCGGAGCUUUCACUCGCCCACUGGGACCAGGACGAUCCUUAUGAGAUGGGAGGAGACCAUUGUUUCUUAGCUGGAGGGAAUUAUCGCCUCAUACAUGCAUUGUCUGAUGGGGUGCCGGUACUCUAUGAGAAGAAGGUGUCGCGGAUUGAACAUGGAGGGGAUGGGGUUAGUGUCACAGUGGAAGAAGGUCAGAUUUUCCAGGCUGAUAUGGUGCUCUGCACCGUGCCCCUUGGGGUGCUCAAGAGUGGGAGUGUCGUAUUUGACCCAGAGUUGCCUGAGGAGAAGCUUGGGGCAAUAAAGAGGCUGGGGUUUGGGUUGUUGAACAAGGUAGCCAUGGUGUUUCCCCAUGUGUUUUGGGAUGAGGAUAUUGACACAUUUGGGUGUUUGAAUAAGGAGAGCAGCAAGCGUGGGGAGUUCUUUCUCUUCUACAACUACCACACUGUCUCUGGUGGAGCGGUUCUUAUUGCACUUGUGGCAGGAGAGGCUGCUUUGGAGUUUGAAAAGGUUGAUCCUGUUGUUUCACUUCAUCGAGUACUUGGCAUUCUAAAAGGUAUCUAUGGCCCAAAAGGUGUUACUGUUCCUGAUCCCGUGCAAUCAGUUUGCACGAGAUGGGGUAGUGAUCCUUUUUGCUCAGGUUCAUACUCACAUAUCAGAGUUGGGUCUUCUGGUGCUGACUACGACAUUCUUGCUGAGAGUGUGAAUGACCGACUCUUCUUCGCUGGAGAAGCUACGAAUCGUGCAUACCCUGCAACCAUGCAUGGGGCCUUAUUGAGCGGGUUAAGAGAAGCUUCCAAAAUUCGCCGUGCCUCAGAGAGGUUAGCGAAUUCUGACCAGAAGAAGAAUUCAUUGCCUAAAAGCCUCAAGCCACCCAGUGGUGCCCUUUUAGAUCUGUUCUUGGAGCCAGACCUAGCAUUCGGGAGAUUCUCAUUCAUGUUCUCCUCACUGACACCCGAUGAUCCAGAGGCUCCAGGGUUACUUCGGAUUUCACUCGACAAGCGUCUGCUUCUGCAGCCCAAUAAUCCGGAGUUAAAUGGGGAUCAAAAGGAUUACGGCCCUGCAUCCGGGGCCUUCCAUUUGUAUGCCACUGUCUCUCGAGAGCAGGCAGAUCGGCUACAGAAGUCAAGCGAAGAUGAUAAAACUAGGUUACGAGUGUUAUGCAAGGAUCUUAGUGUAAAGCUAAUGGGUUAUGAUAAUACAUGUGAUGUAGGUAGCGAUCUGAUUUCGAGCAUCUUGAGUGCACGGAAAGCCAGGAAACUGCUGCAGCACCCAAAGAGCUCCAAGAUCCCGCGUUGA